AACAAUCAAAGACGGUCAGCUCAGGGUCUUUGGCGGAUUUCGCUAAUACAAAGUUCCUGUUUCUCCCACGACACUCCCUUGUACACGGCCUAUUGUGUGGGCAUUCACUAACCGUACCGGUGAAUUCUCUUUCUAAAAUUUAAUGCUAGUAUUCUGGACACGUUCAUGUGUGCAAGAGGAAGCAUCGGAACACUUGGUACUACGAGGUCGGAGGGAAAGGACCUGUUUUUCAUAGUUUCCGAGAAUGGAGAUGUUACUAGCGAGAGGCAAGUAGUAGGAACUGGGAGUGAAAGACGGCUAGGACAGGAAGGCGGGAUCAACAACGCUAUCAGCAGCGCGCACUGCUCUGCGUGUCAGCGAGCCAAUUACAAUUGCAAUGCGUCAGCCAUGUCUCUCAUGGAUAGUGCAGCUUACAGCUUACAUCUUAGCGAGGCACCUGUUGCUGCACGUUGGAAGUACUGCAGGGCAGGCACUCACUUGGGCACAUUGCGUAAACACCACAUAUGAAUACCUAUACUCUGGGACAGUGAAAAAAAACUUCUCCGCAGCUGCAACAUACUGCAGUACCACCUAUGCUGGUGGGCAGCUCGCCACCGCACGCAACGCUGUAGAAGAUGAGUGCGUGUUCAAAUCAAAACCCAUGGUGACAAUCUGGCUGGCUAUCCAUCGAGUGAAUGGAACGUGGCUAGACUAUGAAACACAAACGGAAGUCACCUACACAAAUUGGGAGCCAGGUGAACCAAACAAGGCUGAACAAAACUGUGUGACCAUGUGGUACAAUCCUCCCCUUGUAUCUGGAGACCAAUGGGAUAAUCUUGGAUGUGGUAAAUCAGUCACAUUUGUAUGUCAGAGGAAAGCGAAUGUAACCUGUGCAACAAGUAGCAACAAUAGUCUAGUCAACGGAUACACAAGUCAUUACGGUGUGCUCUACCCUGGCAAUAUCACAUACCAAUGUAAUCCGGGAUACUACAUCUCUGGACAGAGCAAUCAGAGUAUCACCAGUCACACAUCACUAUGUCUCAUCAGUGGACACUGGUCUACUCCAGAGCCAACAUGUGGUGGUAUAACAUGUAUGGCUCCACCACCUGCCCUGGCAAAUAGUUCCAUAUUGAGCCAAGAGCUGGUGUACCCUGGUAUAGUGACAUACCAAUGUGAUGUGGGGUAUUAUGUAGCUGGUUAUGCUGAACAGAAUGUCAGCAAUGCAACAGUGCAAUGUGCACCAAAUGGAACAUGGAUUGGAACCCCACCGAUAUGCCUACGGAUCACCUGUCUACCACUGCCACCAAUGGCAAACGGCACACUAUCUUUCACCAACUCCUUGUACUAUGAAAGUGUUGCCACCUACCGCUGCGACCAAGGCUAUCAUGUCAAUGACUCGGUGUUUUCUAUAACCAAACAGGACUUAACAUGUGAGGCUGAUGGAACCUGGAACAUGCCUCCGGUCACAUGUACCAUUGUAACCUGUCAAAACCUGACCAACAGUAUUGCCUACGGGCAGGUGGCCGGAACUGGUUUGGAAUACAGCAAUACUCGAGUAUAUGCAUGCCAAACUGGAUAUUACCUGAACCAAUCCGGGAAUUUCUCCCUUACCACGUUGACCAUGCGCUGCAUGAGUGAUGGCUCUUGGGAUAAAGCAGUUCCGACAUGCGAAGUCGUAACCUGUCAGAACUUGUCCAGCAUUGUGCAGAACGGCAAGGUGAAGGCGGAUGGCAAGGAAUUCAACAGCACCAGGGCAUACUAUUGCCAGACUGGAUACUAUAUUUCAACCUUUGGGAAUUUCUCAGUCACUGCCUUCACUAUGCGCUGUCUUAGUAACGGAUCAUGGAAUGCACCAGUUCCAAUGUGCAACGUUGUGACCUGCCAGUCUCUUUACGACCGAGUAUUGAAUGGAAAAGUACAGGUCUCUGGUGGUGUGGAGUACAAGAGCAACAGAACUUACACAUGCCAGCACGGAUACUACAUAGCAGAGUCGAGUCGGUUCUCGGUUACAACUCUGACUAUGCACUGUCUCAGUGAUGGCUCUUGGAGUGCAUCAGCUCCCACUUGUGAAGUUAUCAAAUGCCAGAAGUUAUCGGACAAGGUUCUCAACGGCAAGGUUAAAUCCUACGGAAUGGAAUACAACAGCAAUAGAACAUACCAUUGCCAAGAUGGGUAUUAUAUGUUAGCGUCGGGAAAUUUCUCUGUCACCACGCUGACUAUGCAUUGUCUGAUCAACGGUUCUUGGAGUGCACCAGCUCCAACAUGUGAAGUUAUCAAAUGCCAGAAGUUAUCGGACACGGUUCUCAACGGCAAGGUUAAGUCCUACGGAAUAGAAUACAAAAGCAACAGAACAUACCAUUGCCAAGACGGGUAUUAUAUGUCAGCGUCGGGAAAAUUUUCAGUCACCACAAUGACUAUGCAUUGUCUCAUCAACGGUUCUUGGAGUGCACCAGUUCCAACAUGUGCAGCUAUUGUCUGUCCCGACCUACCCAGCACCCUGCAGAAUGGCAGUGUACAGUCGUUUGGUCUGGAAUAUACUAACAACAGGACAUACGAAUGCCAACAUGGAUUCUUCAUAUCUUCAGCAGCCAUGUUCUCUGUGACAUCAUUGACUAUGCGCUGUCUUCUGAAUGGGUCUUGGAGUGCUCCGGUUCCUACAUGUACUCGUAUCACUUGUUCACAGGUGCCAUUGAGAAUCACAAGGGCCUGGACGUUGGCAUCAGGCAGCAACUACUUUAGUGACAGCGUGAAGUACACCUGCUAUGUUGGCAAUUACAUCAAGGCAUCCGGUGACAUAACAAAGAGAGUUGUGAAAAUGAGCUGUCUCCUCAACGGUUCAUGGAGUGACAGUGUUCCAACAUGUUCAUUUGUUCCGUGCCCUGCACUGAAGAAGUCUCUGGCGAACGGCACGUUCAACGGAUUUCAGCCUUUGUUUGGCCGUCGCUACACCUACACAUGUAAGAGUGGGUAUCAUAUAGCUGGCAGUGCUGCACUCGUGACCGAUACAGCUAUUGUAUGUCAGAGCAACGGUACGUGGAGCGGACCCGUCCCAACAUGUGCAGCGGUGACAUGCAGCAGCAUCCCUACUUCCUUGGACAAUGGGACUGCAGCAUACCUCACACCAUCAUCUUCCAACACGGCUGGAGCUGCUAUCAAGUACACAUGUCUGCCUGGCUACUAUGUCCAGAAUGAAACCAUGACAUCGGUCACAAGCAGAGUAUUGUCAUGCCAACUGGAUGCUAGUUGGAAUGACACAGUACCAGCAUGUGCAGCUGAUAACAGCUACUGUCCAGGUCUCAACAGGAUCUUGAAUGGCAAGGUGGUCGCCACCAAUGGCUUAGCGCUGCAGUCCAUUGCUAUCUACUCAUGCCUCGCUGGAUACAAGCUAACUGGAUCUGCCAAUCAGCGAGCAUGUCAAGUCAAUAUGACUUGGUCUGGAGCAGAACCGAGCUGUGCAAAUAUUGAUGAAUGUGUUCUAGGGGUGGAUACUUGUAAUCGAGUGAAUGGAACAUGUACAGAUACCAGUGGUUCCUACAGCUGCUCAUGUAACCCUGGUUAUGCUGGUGAUGGAAGACAGUGCACGGUUGUUUGCAAGGAUCAGUGUAUUGCAGGUCAAGGAUACUGUACCGCACCUGAUCACUGUGACUGUAUCGGUGAAUAUAGUGGACUUUCUUGUCAGAACUUAUGGCCGGCAGUGGACUCUAUUAUCACUGCUUCCAUCUCGAGUAUUUCAUCGUUUUCAACCUAUGUGCAAAGGCUGACCAGCUUCUCUGCUGCAGACGGUGAUCACCAUCCAGGCCGAUGCGCUGUGGGAUGUGUGCAAAACGGCUACCUCUUUGGAGGGAUGGCUGAUGGUGCGGAGUGCUAUUGCACAAGUUUUGCUGUUUCUAAGCUGACGGCGGCGGUUGGAGACACGUUCGAGUGUGCCGGUGCACCUGAGUACCAAUGUGGUGGAAACAACUCGAUCAGCUUUUACAAACUGAGGGAAGCUCCGCCAUUCAAAGCACACGUUGCAUCUCGUACGGAUAAAGCCAUCCUCAUCAAUGGUAUAGUGUACGCUUUGACGGGAACCACAAUCAUUGUGGAGUGUACUGUGAUAGCUGGCACUGCUCCUCUUGUCUACACCUGGCGCAAAGCCGGCUCAGAUAUGCUGUUAAGUAGCAGUAGUGUGCUGGGCAGGAUUGUGACCAGCUCCGACACUGCAGAUUAUGUGUGUACAGUCAGCAAUCCUCGGGUCACCAAAUCUCCCAACUUCACUCUGCCGUACAAUACCUCAGUCAGUGUGCCACUUGUAGUUCAAGCACCUGUCCUUGCUGCCAUCUCAAGCCUUGGUGACCAGGCUGCAGAGGGAUCAUCAGUCAAUGCAACAUGUACUGUACACAACAGCACCUCCGGGGUCAGUUUCACCUGGCAAAGGUUUGACCCUGCAACUGGCAUGGUCAGCCACCUUCCAAGUCGAGCAUCUUUCGGCGCUAGGACUGGAGUCCUCCUCAUUACCAGGGUGCUUAUGUCUGAUCAAGGAGUUUACCGCUGUGUGGCCACGGAUCCAUCGAUUGCCUUCAUGGCCUAUAGGUCAAGCAUGGUUGAGUGGACUCUAAGUGUAGUCGCUGGAGAUGCGUGUGCUGGCGAGUGCAGCCAUUCCAACGCAACAGAAUGCAACCGUACAACAGGACUGUGUCAAUGCCACAAUGGCUUCACAGGCAAUGCCCUGAAAUCCUGCUCAGACAUCAACGAAUGCACUGUGCACACGUGUCCAGUGUCAACCCCGGUGUGUGUCAACUCCAUCGGAUCAUACUCUUGUGUGGACAAGUGCACAGCGGAUGCGAGCAGUGAUGGCUGCCCAGGAAGUGACAAUCAGUCUGGCUCUGGAAGUCUGGGUGUGCCAGCCUUAGCCGGAAUAGGUGCAGCAGGUUUUCUUCUCAUCUUGUUGAUAUUGAUCAUCGUGAUCGUAACUCGCCGAAGGAAGCGAUCGGGUAUGAAACUUGACCGGGAUGGUGACCAUCGGCACUCUGCCUCAAGCACAGUUGCACUGGUCGAGAUGAGCAAAUGUGGAGACUCUCAGCGCUACUCCGAUGUGGGUGAAGCUGCAGGUGGAUCACAUGUGAAGAAAUCCAAAGCUGGAAAACUUGGUAAGGUCAAGUGGACACCGUCGACAAACUACGAGUCAGAAAAUGGCUUAACAUCCGCAAUGCAUCAAGACGGCAAAGUGAGCAUAACCCUUGGCGAGGGUGAAGAGGACACGUAUGACAGAACUGUCCGUGAAACUGAUGGCAAGCCGAUGGCAGAGUCUGUGCUUUCUGAUGGCGAUACGUAUGAUAGUCUCAAUGCACCAGGCGUCACCGCGGGUUGCACUGGCGGAGCCGAAGACAGCAACGAAUAUGACACGACCGUCCGCAAUGACGGCAUAGUAGUGGGAAAUGGUAACCCCGGCGAGGAUACAUAUGACAUGCUAAACCGUGAUGCCAGUGCAACGGAUCACCAACAACCGCACAGCCAGGAAGAGAUGUACGAUAGGCUGCAAGCAAAUGAUGACAUGUAUAAUGUUCUCAGCAGAGAUCAAGCCAAUUCGGGUGACCUUGUGAUUGCCAACGGCACGGGAGAGGAGUAUGACUCACUGGGACCGAGAUUAUCUGUCCAGCAACCUCGACCUUCACCCAAACCAAAGCUGGUGGCGGCAAGUAGAAACAGCAAAGCCACAAGUAUUGCGUACGAAGUCCAUGAUAUCGACCCAGAUGGAAGGCAAGCAUCCAAACGCCCUGUCUCUGAAGCGGUGAAGCCCAGCGUCCCUGCCCACGCUGUGCCCUCUCGUCCUGCAAGCACCGUGAACCCAACAGAGUACACGUACUCUGAGCCAGAAGGUAUUCACCAUACAGCCAAGCAAGACGGCCGUAGUCGGGAAGCAGCAGCAGCAGCGGCUGCUCACAUCACCUCUGACUCUUGCAGUGCAGUUGUUAGCAAGCCAUUCAAUGAAGUGACUAAACAAGGGUACGUCUACUCACGGCCAGAUGGCAUCCAUCAUACUACGGAGAUAGAUAGCCUCCGUCGGCCUGAUGAUUACAGCUAUGCUACACCAGAAGGUAUUGAUCAUGCUAAGAAGGGUGUGAAGAGGAGCGCGUCACCUGCUGUACCUUAUGAUGAUGUUGCCACUCCUGGCACGUCAUUGGAACCUACACCAGGAGCACCUUUACCAACACCAAGGAACCCCUCAGCCAACCAUGUGCCGACUGCAUCUGGUCAUCUUGUUGCAAGGCAAGAUGCACAGUCAGAAUCCGACAGAAUGAAGAAAAAGAGGCCAACACCUCAAGGCAAGGCGGUUCAAGUCGGCAGACUCCAGGGUACUUCAGGUGGCAAUGAAAAGCCACCCAAAGCACCCAAGAAAGCUGAACUCACGUCUGCAGCAGCCAACGCCAAGACAUCUGAAGCAGAAGUGCCAAGUGCUGCGUCUGGCAAAGGGAUGAACAAAAGAGUUCGAAAACGAGGAUGAGCAAGACGGUGGCUCAGCGGCUUACGUUAUUGAAAAGACUGGUGAUAUUCAGUGAGAUUUUUCUCUCACAUACUGGUAGAGAAGACUAGAACAGGCAGGUCUGCAGAACAAUCUUGCUGAAACGUGCCUCUGACCAAACUCGGCCUACACCUUCUUUAUCUGGAUCGGGGAUUCACCUAAUAUUAUUUAUAUCAACCCACGGGCAUAUAUUUACAUCAGUUACUUUUUUAUACAUUGACUAGAGUGCCUGCAAGCUUGAUGAUUCUAUUUUUUUAUGCUGACUAAUCAGAGAAAUAUUGUAACUGCUACAACCAGGGAGUAGUAACUACUCCCUGGCUACAACCAAUCGGAUUUUACUCAACUCGUGACCAUUGUAAUUAUCAAUGACUUGUUCUUUUCAAAUUGAUUCAAUACUUUCCUACUGACUUCAUCUCUCCUUCUUCUUCUUUCUUUCUUUCUAUAAUGCAGUUUCAUACCCACAAAUUUCUUUUAAAUGAACUCAAUCGCUGGGAAUUAUUUAUAUUUAAAUAGAGUACCAAUACGGCAUUAUGAUUCCCAUUACGUUUUUAAAUCUCUUCAAAUAUCCGCUGCGGCUAUUUUGGCCAAUGUUAUUUUGGAGCAGGAGCAUCAGUAUUAUAAGAAGUAUUGAAGUAUCAGUA